UGUCUUUAGCGAAACAAACAAAAACACAUGCAUGGAUUCUGACAUACUACUGUAUGAGUUAAGGAGACGAUGGUGCUCUCCUUGGUGCUCUCCUCCUCAGCUCAACAUGUUCAACCUUAUGAGCAAUUGCUGCAGUUGGGUGUCCAAACUCCAGCAACCACUGAGGAAGAUCACAGUGCUAGUAGUUGGCUUGGACAAGGCUGGAAAAACAUCUUGUAUCAGAGGGAUGUUGAGAGUGCCCCCUGGAGAAGUGGGUCCCACUCAUGGAUGUGUCCGCACUGAGCUUAGGGUGGAGAACUACUUGGUUAAUAUACUGGAUAUGGGUGGAGUUCCAGAGGUUCGGGGGUCCUGGCGAGAGCAUUACAGUGAAGCUCACGGCAUCAUCUAUGUGCUGGAUGCCAGCGACAGACAACGACUGAAAGAAGUCAAAGAUGCUCUGGUGGACUUGCUGAAGCAUCCAAGAGUAGCAGGAAAACCUCUCCUAGUGUUGGCAAAUAAACAGGACAAAAUGAAUGCUCUACUGGGAAAUGAACUGAUAGAAAUCCUCGCCCUAGAGAAGCUGGUCAACCAGAGCCGAUCACUUUGCCACAUUGAGCCAUGUUCUGCCUCAAUGGACCUGCGUCGCUGGUCAGACAGAAAGACCCUUCGAGGUCUCCGAUGGCUACUUCGAGCUGUGUGCUUGGACUACCCAGACAUCUGUGCCCGUGUGAUGAGAGAUGGGAGGCGACCAAUAGCGCCAGAAGAAAAAGACAGGAAAGGAAAAAUAGAGAAGAGCCGGAGCAAACCUAAAGAUGAGAAAACGAGGGCAAGCAAUAUACAUAUCCACCAAGACGAGAACACGGAAAACGUGAAGAAAAAUGGGACUUUGCAACCAAUCAGAAAUAUUCUGAAUAAGGAAAACUCUUUUAAAAAGAAACUAAGCAAAAAGAAGAUGAAGGUCAAAAUUAAAAAGGGCAGUCCAAGCAGAGAAGUUGUGAAUGAAGACGAGGUGGAGGAGACAGAUCAGGACCACAACUGCCAGAAAGAUAAAGCCAGCAGUGCAUUGUUGCCUCUGAAACGUGGGAAGCUUAAGCACAAAGCCAAAGUGAAAGAAGAGACUUUGAAUCUACCAGAAUCCCCCAACAACAAAGUCCCCAAACCACCUAGAGGAAAAGAGGAAAAAAGGAGAAGAAAGAAGACAGUUAAAGUAAAACGAAAGAACAAGAUAAACACUGAGGAAGUUCCGACUGCUUACGCACAGCCAGUUGAUCUUUCAAACACUUUCGACCUUUACCGAAAAGCUAUUUUGGCUCUCAAAGCCCGACAGGAACGGGAAAUGGUUUCAGGUCAGUGAGAAAAAAGAAACAUGGACAGCCCAUGUCAUCACAUAGAAUGAAGAUCUGUGCAUCGCAUUGACUGAAGAUGGCUUACAAACAUGCUGAAGCACUUUUCAAUGUUUUAACCCACUGGGUCGUGUGCUCGGCCCAUUCAAAAGAGUUACUGUCAAUGUUUAGAAGUCCAGAGUCAUGGAUACUUUUGUAAUACAUGAGAGGCAGUUUUUAUAAUUGUAUUAAGAAAUCGUAUUUUAAGUGUCAUUCUGGGUGUUGACAUCCAUUUAGAAUGUUGGAAAAAAACUGUACAGUCUAUCCAUUAUAGUGUUCUAAGUGACUUUUGAUAACUGUAAAUGUUUUUAAUAUGUUUUUGCAUGUGACAUAUAGAACAAGGCAAUGUGUGAUGAAACCGAUAGAUAAACAGGGUGGUUUACUAUGGGAUAUACAGUACUUGUAUUGACUCUGUAUAAGAUUGUGUAUUCACAUAUUGUUUACAAAAUAUGACAAUGCCUACAGUUCCUUCUACAUAUAUCUUUAAAAAAAUGUUACUCAAUUUCUUAUCAACUAAUUAAUAAUUUGUAUAAGUGUGUGAGGGUUUUAUAUAUAGGCAAAAUGCAUGAUACAUAUUUCAGUGCACAAUCACAAAAUAAUAUU